CAAAGCAAAAGUCAUAACCUUUGACACUUUUUUUGUUUGUUUGUUUAUCUCUCUCACACAUCUCUCUAUUUUUUUCUUGCAAAUAAACAAACAGGACAAAUCUUUCUUUCCCUUUAGUUUAUCCUCAAUAAAAAUUCUCUCUUGCUUAUGUUUGAUCUCAACUGUAUCUUCUUCAGAGCGUAUUCAAAAAGAUCUCAUUUUUCUUUCUUACUAAAAAAAAAAAAAAAUCUCUGCCCUUUUAUUUGGUCAUGUGAGCUAAUAUUAUUUUCUGGGUGUUGAAAAAGAUCUAAUCUUUUCUGUGAGUUUCGUUUUUUUACUUAUUAGCAACUCUUUUUUUGGAAGUAAAUUGGAGAAGUAACUCAUGGUGUUUGGUCUCUUUCUAGGUUUCUUUGGGAUUGAGUUCUGGAUUUUUCACGCUCCUUGGAUUUGAUCUAAGUUAGCUUUAUUUAAUGUGUCUGUAAACCCCUCUUUUUCUUGUCUUAUUAUUAUAUAUCUGGUUUAGCUUUCCUGGAAUUUAGAUUUUGAGAUCUUUCCUUUGUUAUAGGUUGCAAGGGUUUUUUUCGUAUGAUUCCCUUGGUUUAGGAGAGAUUUGGGUGUUUAAGUAAGUGAUUGAGUUUGUGAAUUAGGUUUUUUUUUGGUUGUUUCUCUGAUCUGGAGUUUGAGUAGAAGAAACAAAAGAUAUGGAGGAAGUUGAAGCUGCUAACAAGUCAGCUAUAGAAAGCUGUCAUGGAGUGUUAAAUCUCCUGUCUCAACAAGCCGGCAGUGAUCCCAAAUCCUUAGUGGCUGAAACAGGAGAAGCGGUUUCCAAGUUCAAGAGAGUAGCUUCUCUGUUAAGCAGAGGGUUAGGUCAUGGCAAGUUCAGGAGUAUCAACAAGUUUAGGUCAUCUUUUCCUCAACACAUCUUCUUGGAGAGCCCCAUUUGCUGUGCUGCUAACGAUGUUACUGGUGAUUACACUCAAGUUCUUGCACCAGAGCCUCUUCAAAUGGUUCCUGCUUCUGCUGUUUACGAUGGAAUUGACCCAAAACACCAUAUGGGUCAUCCUCUUCCAUUAAUCCACAACAUGUGUGUUGACAAGUCGUUUCUGGAGUUAAAGCAGCCGCCGCCUUUUCGUGCUCCUUAUCAGUUAAUCCACAACCACCAGCAGAUAGCUUACUCUAGGAGCAAUUGCGGUGUUAACCUCAAGUUUGAUGGGUCUGGUAGUAGCUGCUACACUCCUAGCGUAUCGAACGGAUCAAGAUCGUUUGUAUCAUCUCUUAGUAUGGAUGCUAGUGUAGCCGAUUACGAUAGGAAGUCGUUCCAUUUGACUGGACUAUCCCGCGGGUCUGACCAUAUAUCGCAGCAUUCCCGGAAGAUGUGCUCUGGUAGUAUGAAAUGCGGAAGUCGAAGCAAAUGUCAUUGUUCCAAGAAAAGGAAAAUGAGGGUAAAACGAUCAAUCAAGGUCCCUGCAAUCAGUAACAAGAUUGCUGAUAUACCUCCGGAUGAGUAUUCAUGGAGGAAAUAUGGGCAGAAACCGAUUAAGGGGUCACCGCAUCCACGAGGAUACUAUAAAUGCAGCAGUGUGAGAGGUUGUCCAGCAAGGAAGCAUGUGGAGCGAUGUAUCGAUGAAACUUCAAUGUUAAUUGUAACUUACGAAGGUGAGCAUAACCAUUCCAGAAUAUUGUCUUCACAAUCAGCUCACACCUGACGAAAACAGAGUCUAUGCGUGUCCUUUUUGUUUUUGUUUUUGGCGUCUACUCUUGGAUUUGAAGAAGAAUGAAUUAGAUUCAAGAAACCGUUAUUUGUAGCUCUGAUUUGUAAUUGUAUAUUCCACUUUGACAUGAGUUAUAAGAGCACUUGUGAACUCGGAUUCUGUGGCAGUACCAAGAAACAUGGACAAUUCGGUUUCAACCGAGCUUUUUCCUAGAUA